AUGCUUCGGGUGGCUGCUCGUGCUGCAGUACGUCUCGGUGGAGCCCACGGUCGUGAACUCCCCGAGUACGUGGUUCUGCCGCAUAAUCAGCAGAGGUACGGCCGUGAUAAGAGUUACAGCUAUUUCACGUGCCUCUGGCAUUUCCCAAAGAUGGUGUUCACUGAGAAAUGGUGCUACACUAAUAUCAUGUGGUUUGUAUUUUGGACGGGCUUCUGGUUCAUUCCCAAUUACAUUUGGUGGGAGAGGCGCUAUGCUUAUCAAAAGGCUGGCUUCCACUGGGAGCACACCAACAGGAAAUUGCAAGCACGUAAGGAAGCCCUGGGAAUGGACAAGGUCCCUGCGAGUGGCAUGGACUGGCCCAGUGGGGCUUUGUCCGGUCAGAACGUCAAACUGCAAGAGAGUCCAUACGGGACUCUAGAUGUGCAUCGACAAUUGUCUGUUUCUAGCUGCGAAGGCUUGCUCUCGUCAAUCUGGCUGAUUUUUCUCGGCCGUAUCUUUUUCUUCUGCCCUGGGCAGCGUGGGAAGAGUAAGAUAUCGUGUCGGCCUUUGGGCAAUCUGGAUAAGAAGAGGCGACGCAAGCUAUAUCAGAUUAACAACUUUGAGAAUAUGAGAGCAGCCACUCUUCGUAAGAAGAGGAUCGUUGCAGUGACUCAGUGUACUGCAACGAUAAAGGGAACGGAUGUGGAGAGGCUACAGAAGGUCAUUGAAAACAGUGUAGAGGCACACUUGGAGUAUGCGUGUCUGAUCCGCUUUUCUCAGUAG